UUGUAGAUAUUGGGUUAUUUACAUUUUAAGAUCGUCGAAAGUAGGAGGAUUACACAAGUAAGAGAUGCUAGCGAAACAAACGCCAUUAACAAAACAAAUGCUCUCCAAGCUAUUACAAACAAGCUCUUCAAAGCCGAAGCAGCUUAAGAAGAUCCAUGCUCUUGUACUAACAUCCGGUUUCUCUAUCAAGAACAGCCUCUUAACCCAGCUGUUAGAGAAUCUCACCCUCGUAGGUGACAUGUGUUACGCACGCAAGGUGUUCGACGAAAUGCACAAGCCGAGGGUUUUUCUCUGGAACACUCUUUUCAAAGGGUAUGUCAAAAACAAGCUCCCGUUCGAAAGUGUCAUACUUUAUAAGAAAAUGCGUGAUCUUGAUGUCCGUCCUGAUGAGUUUACUUACCCGUUUGUGGUGAAGGCGAUCUCUCAGCUGGGUGUUUUGGCCUCCUGUGGGUUUGCCUUUCAUGCCCAUGUGGUGAAACAUGGUUUUGAGACUCUUGGGAUCGUCGCAACUGAGUUAGUGAUGAUGUACAUGAAGUUUGGUGAACUGAGGUCGGCUCAGUUCUUGUUUGAGUCUAUGCAAGGCAAAGAUUUGGUGGCUUGGAAUGCUUUUAUUGCAGUUUGUGUCCAAACGGGAAACUCGGCUUUAGCUCUCGAGUGUUAUAACAAAAUGUGUGCGGAUGAUGCUGUUCUGUUUGAUUCUUUUACGGUUGUGAGUAUGCUUUCUGCUUGUGGUCAGCUAGGCUCUUUGGAGAUUGGUAAAGAAGUUUAUGAUCGUGCGAGGAGAGAAGGUAUAGAUUGUAACAUAAUCGUCGAAAACGCAAGGCUUGAUAUGUACUUGAAGUGUGGUAGCACUGAAGAUGCGAGGGUGUUGUUUGCAGAGAUGGAACAGAGGAAUGUAGUUUCUUGGAGCACGAUGAUUGUAGGAUAUGCAAUGAAUGGAGACAGCGAGGAAGCCUUGGCACUGUUCAAUAUGAUGCAGAAGGAGGGGAUAAGACCGAACUACGUGACGUUUCUCGGGGUCUUAUCUGCUUGUAGCCAUGCUGGACGAGUGGAUGAAGGGAAAAGGUAUUUCGGUAUCAUGGCUAGAUCGAGUGAUAAGAGUCUUGAGCCGAGGAAAGAGCAUUAUGCAUGUAUGGUUGAUCUAUUAGGACGCUCUGGUCUUGUAGAGGAGGCUUAUGAGUUUAUCAAAAGUAUGCCACUGGAACCUGAUGCAGGUAUCUGGGGAGCUUUGUUGGGUGCUUGUGCGGUUCAUCGUGAGAUUAAAUUGGGCCAGAAAGUGGCUGACGUUCUUGUAGAGACAGCUCCGGACAUAGGUGCGUAUCAAGUACUGCUGUCUAAUAUAUAUGCAGCUGCUGGUAAAUGGGAUUGUGUUGACAAAGUAAGGAGUAAAAUGAGGAAGCUCGGCACUAAGAAGGUUGCUGCGUAUAGCUCAGUGGAAUUUGAAGGCAAACUCCAUUAUUUCAAUAGAGGAGACAAAUCACAUCCGCAGACAAAGGCGAUAUAUGAGAAACUGGAGGAAGUCUUGAAGAAGAUAAGGAGCAUGGGGUAUGUUCCCCAGACAGGUUCGGUGUUUCAUGAUGUGGAAACAGAGGAAAAAGAAUGUUCUCUCAGUCAUCAUAGUGAGAAGCUCGCGAUUGCAUUUGGACUCAUCAAUGGGAGAGGGGAAGAUCCUUUAAGGGUUAUGAAGAACUUGAGAACCUGUGAUGAUUGCCACGUUUUCGCCAAGUUUGUUUCCAGGCUUACUUCGAGAGAUAUCAUCAUGAGAGACAAGAACAGGUUUCACCACUUCAGAAAUGGUGUUUGCUCUUGCAGAGAGUUCUGGUGACUUCACUUAUUCAUAUGUUCUGAUUGGUAAAAUAGUUCUGAUCAUCCACAGAUUUUGAAUGUAUCUGAAGACCAGUUUAUAACUAAACCAGGUUCUUGAUCAAUAAAACUUGGAUAUGGCAACAAAUUGUGAAGCUAUGGUUUCAUACUUAUGCAGUCAGAUGCCUGAAACAGAGAGACUCUAUUAAAUAAGGAGUUUAAAUGGAUCAAAUAUGGGAAAAUAUAAUUCAAGAGUUGAAAAGCAUGGACAUGAAAAUAAGCACAAAAAAAGACAAAAAUCUUUCUCUUGAGAAAGACAGGACAAGAGACCUGAAUGAAACAGAGAGAUGGAGACAAAACAGAGAACAGAGGUUAUUACUUGUGAAGCAAGAACAUCUCUGCAACAAUGGUUUAUAGUUUUCAGUUUAGCAAAAUCAAGGUAAAUUCCCAUCCAUUAAAAGCUACUUGCUUUAAUUAGUAAAAAACACUUUGUAGAUUAUAUCAAAUACAAUUAUAUCAUAUACACAGUAUCCCCUUCUCUCUCUCUCUCCUCUCUCUCUCUCCUCUCUCAGAAAACAUAAAUUCGAUAUUAUUUUCCCCGGAGACAACGGCUAUUAAUACUGAAAUGUAGUACACUGCACCAUCUCCAAGCACAAUGGUAGAAUCAAAUUUUAAUUUUAAUUUAAAAUUAUGCAGAGAGAACAAUUAAAGCAUUGGAGGUGAGAUACCAAAAAUUAAUGAUCUGAGUAGUACAGAUAUGAGAAGGUUCUCCCAUGAAUCAAGGGUCACGAUCGUUUGAUAAGACCCGUAAGAUAAAUAAAAGAAUAUAGAACACAGAGAGCUAAUUCAAUAAAAUAAAUUAAAAAUAUUUCAAGCUUUUUUUUUUUUUCUCUUCCUUCUACUUCUUCUUCUUCUUUCUCACUAUCCAAAGAAGUCCAGACAAAUCUUUUUGUUACUUAGGCUUCACUCAAAGAAAGAAAAAGAGUUUAUCUUUUGGGUUUAUCCUCUAUUACUACUCAAAGUUAUCACUUUUUGUCAAAAUAACUAUUAUUAUAGUUAGUGAAAACUCAUUUUUCUCAGCUGUUUCUUGAAUACAAACCUGCUCUGCACUACCAAACACCGAGAAAAAGGAAAGAAACUUCUUUCGAAAGAAAACAGAAACGUACUCAAAUAUUUUUUUUCACUUACUUCAUGGGCUUCUCAUAAAAACCUUGUUUUCUUCACUCAUAUCAAACCGCCAUGGAAGAUUUUGUAGGGAAAGAGCGUGACAAAAGAAGAAGAAGAAGACGAGCAGCCACCUCCACCAUGUUCUUGUGGGGAAUCUUGUUCUUUGCUCAGUUUUGUUUGGCUUCUUCAUCAGCUCUUUCUCCUGAUCAGUAUCAUCACCAAUCCAUCCCUUCACCAAGGAAGGCUGGUCGUUUCCACAAUACGGCCUCGUUUCAGUCCCCUAGAGCCUCAGUGUCGUUCAUGGGUCCACGUCGAAGAGAAGAAAACAUAGAUGAUGUUUUUAAUGACGACAAGAGAUUAGUUCACACAGGUCCAAAUCCUCUCCACAACUAAAAACUAGUUAGCAUCACGUGUCUGGUUUCUCUUUGAGCAAUCGCCUGCAAUAUCUGCUUUGAAAUGUCUCGUUACUUCGGUAGAGUUUUUAUAAUGUAAUUUUUUUGUUGUCACUAUGAGAUAUAUAGAUCAUUAUUGUUAGCCUUCUUGUCCCUGAUGCUAAGAAAUGAUCUUGUGUUCUCUUGUUGUAACUCUUUUGCUUCAAUGGUAACCAUCGACCUUCAAGAUCCAAGAAUUACUGAAAAUAGUUUUUAAUUUAUUUAUUUAGUUAAAUCAGUAUGUUUAGAAGUUCCAUGUUCUAAGAAAGUAAACAGUAGUCUGAAGAUUCGGAUGCAUGGAUUUCUUCGAAGGAUCAUGUUCUUUUGCAUAAAAGAAGGUUGUCUUUUUGUGAUAAGUGAUUAGUUAAUGCUAUAUGUAUGUAUUUUAUUGUUUUCUAAAUCUUGAUGUUAGAUGUGUUCAAAGA